AUAUCCGUCAACCCAUGUUAACCCAUCGUUCUCCAAUACGAAAAAACUCCGAAUAAUGUUUAUUGUAUAUAUUUUAUAUUAGUUUUGAUAUUCAAUUUUACAACUAUUCAUAAUUCUAAAAGCACCACAUUGCGAUGAUAUAGAAUGCUAUAAAAUGUGAUUCAGUUCACCGAAACAUGUGUUUAAUAAUAUUAGUGCAGUGAACGUGUUUAUUGGAUUAAAAAAUAGUGCAAUGAAUAAUAGUACAUAUUUUAGCGAGUUCCACUGCUCGAAAGAUGCACUUACGGACACUUAUGGCUGGUUUAUGCAAUUUCUCUUGGCGGUUUUGGCGUUUACAUGCCUGAUUGGUAAAAGAUUUUGUGAGCCUCGCUAUGCCAGAAGACCAUGGCUCAUUUGGUUCUAUGACACCUCAAAACAAGGCCUGGGCGCUCUAAUCAUACAUGCAGCUAACAUUUGGAUCUCUCCACAUUUUGAAGGAAACACUUGUACAUGGUACAUAGUGAACUUCAUGGUGGACUCUACAUUAGGGUUACUCAUCAUUUGGGCAGGCAUCAGGCUGGCUCAGUACUGUGCUAGACAUUAUGACAUCCCACUUAUUAAUUUUGGGGAAUAUGGCAAGCCCCCAAUGUGUUCUGCGUGGCUCUGCCAAUGCGUGCUUUACGCGGCGCUAGCGACAUUCGCCAAGUCGGCGCUAGCGCUAAUACUGCGGUUGCCGCGCGUGGCGCGCGCGCUGGCGACCUUACCGCUGUCGCCAGUGUCUGACCCCAAGUUAGAACUGGCCGUCGUUAUGCUCAUCAUACCCUUCUUUGUCAAUAUUUUAAUUUUCUGGGUGACAGACAACUUCCUAAUGUAUCAUCCGAGAGGAGUGACUUCGAAGUUAAAAUCGAAGCAUUUACGAACGGAUGAACCUCUCCAGGUGAGAUACCAGUCAAUAAAGAAGGAGAAGUCAGCUUCAGAGGAGGAGGAGCACUCGGCCGACGAGCGCCUGCUGGGCGCCAACGUAUGACCCUACCCCAAGCCCCGAGUGCUUCGGGCGAGUGCUUCGGGCAUAACGCAAUCUCUUACACCCUUAUUCAUAAAACUUAUCUUACCUGUGCUAGGUACUAGAUACAAGUCAUGUCUCUUUCUUAAUUAAAUAUGAAAAAGACAAAAAACAAGCAUAUAUCAUUUUUAAUUAAAUUAGGUUUGAUGUGCGUUUUUGAAUAAGGGCAGUAGUUUUUAGAUGCGUCCCAUUCUCAUUACGAUAAAUUUCCGGGAAUACCGCGAACACUGAAGCUCGAAAUUCGCAAAUUGCGGGCAUGUUUCUCUGUCACUCUAAUUACGCUUUAAUUGGUGUAAAAGAGAAAGAUGCCCGCAACUUGCGAACUUCGGUGUUCGCGGUAUAGGCCCUCAGAUUACUUAUCGAAAACAAUCUCUUAGAAUACCCGUCAUCACAAUCAGUCUGUGCCUAAAUAGACACAGACUAACGGUGCAAUUGGAAUGAUUUUACUGUAGUUACCUACAUCGCCUGGGAUUUUCUCGAUGAGCGUGGGCCAGCUUUAAGACUUUAUCAGUAUCAAAAUGAUGUCAUUUCCUGCUUCCCGGGGUAUUUAUUGCUUCUGAACUACAUAUGACAGCUACUUCCAACAGUUCCAACAAUGUGGAAUAGGUACCUACACGAAACCCUCCUAAGGAUUCGGGUUGGCCAGUGUAAAAGGUUUUAGACAAGACAUCAAUUAAUUUGAAAGAAUUGCUCAAGAAACAGGUUCCCAAUCGUCUGGGAGGAAACUUGAAAAGUACCGCAAAGAGUCUCAAGUAGUGUUUAACAUCUCCUUAUUGGAAAACCAUAUUAAAAUCGUUGAUACUGAUAAAAGUUUAGAUUAGUAGGUAAACUAAAUUUUUAUAUGGUGUAAAAUAUAAUCAUGUAUCAUGGGAUAAAAUAGUUAUAUAAUCAUAAACAAUGUAUAUUCGCACUCACUUAAACGUGCUUUAUUCUAAGUAGGUAUUUAUAAACUUCGAAUAUCGUCGCUAUACUUACUCAACCUCAUAUCUGCAACAAUCAUUUGAUGGAAAUGUCGCUUUUCUUUCAUUCGGAAUACGGGUGCUUUUUUCAUCAAAUGAGUGUUGCAGAUACGAGGUUGAGUAAGUAUAGCGGCGAUAUGUCGUGGAGUGGCCGCUAAUAUUAUAUAGUGAUCCUGAUCACUAAUCAGGUACAGCUGCGGGACGCAAAGUAUCACGCGAACCUUUACUUUACACUUACAGCAUUGAAAUAGAGUCGAUAGUUUGAGAAUCUUUAUAUUGCCCAACCAUGAAUGCUGGUAACAAUAGGUUAGCUUCUUGGUCACCGCCACAGCACAUACAGACGUGCUAACCAUCAUGUAAGUGAGUGAAGUGAAAUGUAACUCUAAUUAUAAUCCUCAGAUUUUGAAACAUACACAUACACUGUCUAUGUUUUCUCAUGUGUGUCCCCUGUGAUGUUAACGUUUUGUAUGAUACCUAGUGUAAUGUAGUACAGUCGUACUACAAAGCUCAUUAUUAUAACUACAUAUAAAUGGCAAUAUGUUUUUAACUACACUAUGACUACACUAUUUAAAGUACAACCAGAUUUGGCAUUGAUGUUAUUAAAUUAAAUGGGUACCUCUGGUAUCCGAAUGAAAGGAAUGCGAUAUUAUAAAAUACUGUACGAGUUUGUAUCACAAUAAUUAUUGAAUUAAAUAAGAAAUUAGACAGCAAUAAUAUGGUACUAUAAUUAUGUAGGUACUUUGCUUUAUGUAGUCUUGAUCUAAAACUCGUGUUCGCUUGUCGCUUCCCAAGUCUUUUGACAAUCAGAUUACCUUUGGGAGCGUAUAGGUUCGGAUCCUACCGACUGCGCCAAGUUAAACCUACCUACUUUGGAAGCGACAAUCAAACACGAGUUUCAGAGUUUCUUAAACAAAGUACCCACAAUAUGUGGAUAUGAAUACUCAUUCAUGGAACAUCACAUGUUUUUUUUCUAAAUUAGAUUUUAUAAUGUAGAAGGGGUCACAUUUCUGUAGAAAUUAUAAACGUCCAUAUUCAUUAAUAUAAAUAUAUUGAGAGGCGUUGUCAGGUAAAAUUCAAUGGCUAAUGUAGCACUCAAUCUAAUUGUAAGUAAGUACCUGCGACGUGUAAUACCACAAUGGAACAAAAUUGUGUUGAAGAACACGCUCCAAAGUCACAGUAAUAACAAUAAUAGGCUGCGAAACAUCUUGCGCGCGCUUAAGCGAGAUGAGCCGGCUAUAAAUUUUCGUACAACAUACCUCGGCCACAUUAUAGCAUUGCCGGCGGCCUUAUGUUCGUAAAAUC